AUGUCUGCACCUGAAAUGAAACAUGCCUUAAACCUUUUGCUUCAAGAUUGUGCUCCGUAUGUGAAAAGAGUGUCGCUUGAGUUAGGAGGAAAUGCUCCAUUUAUUGUAUUUAAUUCAGCAAAUGUAUCAGCUGCUGCUGAUGGUGCCAUAGCUUCCAAGUUUCGGAACUCUGGGCAGACUUGUGUUUGUACCAAUCGAUUCUUAGUACAAGAAGAAAUUUAUGAUGAAUUUGUUGCUCAAUUUUCUAAAAAGAUGCAAACCUUUGUAGUUGGUAAUGGAAUGGAUCCCAAUGUAAACAUAGGACCACUGAUAAAUGAAAUUGCUGUCGAGAAGGCGGAUAGACAUGUAAAAGAUGCUGUAAACAAAGGUGCAGAACUAGUUACAGGAGGUAAAGUGCAUUCCAGUGGGAAGUGUUUCUAUGAGCCCACUCUGCUGAAAAAUGUUAAGACUGACAUGUUAAUUUGUCAGGAGGAAACUUUUGGACCAGUAGCUGGAGUUAUGAAAUUCAAAUCUGAAGAAGAAGCUAUAGAAAUAGCAAAUACUGCUAAGACUGGACUGGCAGGUUAUUUUUACUCUCAAGAUAUUUCUCAGAUAUGGAGAGUCGCUAAAGCUCUUGAAGUUGGGAUGGUAGGCGUAAAUGAAGGAAUUAUAUCUACGGCAGAAGCUCCAUUUGGCGGUAUCAAAGAAUCCGGGAUCGGAAGAGAAGGAUCACAUUAUGGAAUUGAUGAAUAUGUGAACAUGAAGUACAUCUGCCUCGGUGGGCUGAACUAAUGAAUUUUGUUAUUAAAAUCUACUGUCUUCCACAUUUCUGCUAAUAGGACCAAGAUUUAUUUAGUGUCAUAUUUUUUAUAUACAUUCGUUGGUUUCUUGUUUUGUUUUAAAGUCUAUAUUUUUUCUUGUUCUGAAGUACUUGUACAAAUAUUUUUUAUUAUGUGAA